CAAAAAAUACCUAAUUUGUUGAGCAAUCAUAACAUUAAAUGAAUUUGUUUUGAGAAACCGGAAAUAUUGUUAAAAAAUUUUUUGUUCAACAAUAUUAUGAUAUUAUGAUUGGUUCUGCAUUAAAAUGUUUCAUCAAAGGCAAAUAUAAGAAAUUCUUAUAAAAACUACUAAUGAAUUAAACAGAACAAUAUUAUUGAUCAUGGAAAUUCAAAAUUCGUUCCAAACUGUCAUCGCUCAGGGUAGCCAACAGUUUCCUGCUAGGUAGGCGUUUGAGAUUUGAGGUUGGCCUAUCAUAAAGGCAUUGAAAUCAAUGAACAUGAACAGCUGAUUCAUUUUAUUACGAAGUCACGAACACGAAAGCUAUUUCUCGCGUCUCCGUCAGCAGCAAAAAAGUUGUAAAAUUAUCCUAACUUUGUAAGAUUUUGAUAAAUUUAUUUUUCAUUAUAUUAUACUGUUUCUCAAACCGUAUUUUAUUGAUUCCAAACAAAAUAUUAUCGACUAGACGCAAUACUAUUGAUGCAAUAUAGGUUAAAAACUUUACUGUGUUUGGUUAGGAACAAUUCAAUUACAUUCCAACUACGAAACACUAUGGCUGACUAUCAACAUCAACUGCCAAAAGUUGUUUUUGUACUGGGAGGACCCGGUGCCGGAAAAGGUACGCAGUGCGCAAAUAUUGUCAAAGAAUUCGACUUUCUUCAUCUUUCGGCCGGUGAUCUGCUUCGUGAGGAACGAAAAAAACCCGACUCAAAGUACGGUCAACUCAUAGAAGAUUGUAUCAAGCGCAGCAAGAUUGUGCCUGUCGAAAUAACACUCAAUCUCAUAAGGAUAGCGAUGGCUCAAUCGGGCAAGGACAAAUUCCUAAUCGACGGCUUUCCUCGCAACAAAGAUAAUCUGGACGGAUGGAAUUUAAUCAUGGGAAAAGAUGUGAACCUAUUGUUUGUGUUAUUCUUCAAUUGUAGUACUGAAACUUGCAUUGAACGCUGCAUGAAACGCGGAGCUGAAGGAAGCGGAAGAGCAGACGACACCAGUGAUGUUAUUCAGAAAAGAAUACAAACAUAUUUGAACGAGUCGUUGCCCAUUGUACAGCACUAUGAGAAUAGUGGUUUGGUGCGAAAAAUCGACGCAUCUAGAUCAGCCGACGAGGUAUUUGAAGAUGUCAAGCAAUUAUUCCAAUCUAUUAAAGAUGAACAAGAAAUUCAUCCAUCCUCUAAUUGAUAAAUAACAUUUUCCUUACAUUGUUAAAAUAGCAUUCAGUCGAAAUAUCAACAAUUUAUUUAAAAUGGUAACAUUCAAACUCAAGCAAAACAAUUGUUUCUUCUCUAAGAAGCUUAGCUUCAUCUUAUGCAGUUGGUUUAUGAUGGGCACAUGAAAUAGGAUAGAUAACAUUUUACUAAUAUUAAUAUAUAAUUUAAUUUUGUAGAGCAAAAUAAACUGAAACAUUUCAUGUUGGAAAGUUGGAUCUUACUUUACUUUGGAUAGCUUUACAAUUGAAAUUCAUAAUUUGUUAUACUAUGGUACAAAAAUAAUUGAAGAUAAACUAAAUAAAUAGAUGAAUGAUACCCUAUAAUUUUCAAAAAUACAAGUUAAAGCUUAGUUUUAUUAGAAAUUUUUAAUUUUAAUUAUAAUUCGGUGUUGAAGUAAAAUUAAAUUUAAUUUUUAAUUCAACUUUUUAUAAUAUCCAACAGUAGAUGUUGAAAUCCAAGUUCUAUUUAAAACACCCAUAGAUUCAAAGUAUGUAGAGUACUAUAAGUAUGCCAUUCUAAACUGAUCAAUUAUAAAAAUUAACUUUUGAAGAUAGCUGUAUCCCACCCAUAAAGUGAUCUAUCUACCAAAAAUAAUUUUCUAUGAUAACGCUUUAAUUGAGGUACAGUAACUACUAGGGUAGUGUAAUUGGAUAAGUUCCCAACGAAUAGCUUAAGUCACAAAAUAAUUUGAUCAGAUUGCUUGAAAAUAAAUAGAUAUCGAGAAAUCUGAGUGGCCCAAGACUGGUGUUUUCAGGUUGCAUUUGAUCAGGGCCUCUGGCUUAUCGACUGUUAAACAGCCGGGAUCAACGACUUGACGAGUCCAAAAGAAGUAAAUAGCCAUUACUUCAGCAAUUUAUCAAUAAUAGAAUAACUAGUGGAAUGACUGAAUAAAACGUUAAUUUUGUGCAUUAAAAGUAGAAAAUUAAGUAAAUUUAGAUGAAAGUAAUAAUUGCUAGAAACUCCUGUGAUUUGAGAAUGGAUGAUUAUGUAUGCUUUAUAAACAUAAAUAUUAGAAAAUUUAUAUGUACCUUUUUUAAAUCCUAUUAGGCAAAAUUUUCUUAUUAACCCUCAAUUCCUGGUCAUGUUGCAACUCAAUCAUGUUGAAGAUUCGAAAUCGUUUUUUAAAUACUUUUUCAAUACUGGAAGAUUAGUUUUUAAAAAAUCAAGGGCUGGCUGCAGGUGGUAGCUAGCUUUUAUUAAAAUCAGUUUACAUAACAUGCAAAGUGUAAAAUUAUUAAUAAAUUCAAAUUAAUUGAAAUAAGUUAAGGGGAGCUGUGCAAUGUUUUGCAAAGUGUCUGUUAGAAGCCCAUAUAAAGAAGAGGGUUUGAAGUUUUAAUUUUUUGUUUAUUUCUUACUGUUUGACACAAUACUUGAAUAGCAGAUUCAUUACUGAUAAACACUGCAAAUAAACAACUACUCAUGGUUUCAAUAGUUAUUCCCAACUAUGUAAAAUAGUUUGUUUUUUUUAAUGACUGAUAAGUCACAGUCAAUGAUUGACCAUUGAUUAUCAUUUAUAAAUAUAGGGUUUUUUUGAAAUUAUUAAAUUGAGAUAUUUUACUUGAAGCUCGCUAGAAGGUAUUCUUAUAAAUGCAAAAUAAAGGAUUGUUAUUUUGAUGUUUUAAGAAUAAUCUGGAUUAAUAAUUUAUAAUAACUAUGUCAUGUCAAAACGCAAUGAAGCUUCUGCAGUAUGCUUAUUGUUGUUACCUUAUCAAGUAGGUUUGGACCUUUGGAUGUGGCUUUGCUCUCGAUUUUGUCGCUGACUUUCUCGGCCUGUUUGAAUAUUUUGUCCCAAUUGAUAUUCACAUAGCCGUUAUGAUUAGCCACUUGAAGGAGAAUUAUUCCGCCGCCAAUAGCUACGGCUGCCACUUUUCCCACUUUCAUCAAUAAAUAUCCUGUCACCCUGAAAAUAAAAAAUAGUUUGUUAGUUUAUCAACAUUCAACUAGUUCAGAAUCGCAUUUUUGCUUCUACAACCGGUUUCACAAACGUUGAUGAGAGAUUGAUAACCAGAAUUAGAUAAUGAAGACUGAUGGAAAGAUGGAAAUUGUGCAGUCCCUUAUCCAUGGUUUCUAAACGGAUGUCGGCGAUGAAGCUGUACCUUACUUCUAAAACAGUUUGAAAAUACUCAAACUGCAUUUGAAUUUUUCUUGAAUAGGUUAUUCAAACUUCUAUAAGUUGUUAGUAUCCAAUAUAAUUCAUCAGACUUCUACGGAUUUUCAACUAACAUUUUUCGAUUUGAAUUAACAGCACUUGUUCAGUUUUCUUAAAAUAAAUAAUUGAAAUUUGUUUAUACCAUGAAUGUCUCAAACAUUUGGGACCUACAAAAAAAACACGAAGAAACAGAUUAUUAAUUUUCAUUUUUCACUGCUGAAUACACCUGUACAAAUUAAUUAUUACACCUCUAAUAAUUUUUAUUGUGGAAAGGAAAACUCAUGACUUGAAAAGCAUUAUAGGGUGAAUUUUUACAGAAUACUUUCAUGUGGAUAAUUCAAAGAAUCUGGUUGAUUCAAGCCUUUAAACAAGUACAUUGUACAAGGUGAAAUAAUUAUAAAUCUGUUGGAGGUUUGAAAAAUAGUAUAAUAUCUAAAAUUCACAAAUAGCUGAUAUGUAGAUUUCUGAUCCCAUUGAUGAUUUGAUUAUCAAUAUCUAUUUAAUUAUUUGUACUAUCAUAACAUUCCAUAAUGAAUGUCUCAUCAUAAAAUACAUCUGGUUAGCAGUGUUAAUUACGCUUUAUAAUAACUAAAAUAAUUACUAUAUUCUUAUUCCAAUUAUGGCAAUUUUGAUGUUAAUUAUGAUGAUGAUAAUAAUAUGAAAUGCCUUGUCGAUUACUGUUGAGUAAUGUGUAAUUUAAUUGAAUAAACGCAACGUUAAAUAAUGAAAA